AUGACUUUUAAUAAAAGCUUAUGUAUAGCAUCUAUAGUUGACAAUCAUAAUCAUAAUGAGUACAAACUGUGGGAAAAGUUUUAUAACUAUUCAAAAGUUUGGUCCAAAGAUUAUGUCAAAACUCAUCAAAACAAAUGGCAAACAUUGGCUAAAGAGGCUAAUGUAUCGGUCGACUGUCGUAAAGCCAUAAACUCUGUAUUUGAUGGCAUCGGUAGACUAGACGACUGGGCCGUACAGAUGAUUAAUUCGUGGGCAAAGUUUCCCCCAAAUGGUGCUUUUGAUGGUACUUUCACUGAUUUGGGAGCCUAUGACCAGUGUUUGGCAAUUGAUGGCAAUAAACUUAUAGGUAAAGGACAGUAUUGUUUGCUUGAUCUGAGUCUACCCUUACCUCAACCGAUGCCCAUUCAUCACAAUCUGUUUCAUCCAAUCGAUGUAUUGCUUAAUGAAUUGAUAAACAAUACAAACAAUGCUUUAGUGAAGAUCUCAAAAAAUGCUUCAAUACUUUACUGGUUAGCACUUCGUGUUGGUAUUUGUACACCAAAUAAGUGUACAUUAAGUGACAUUAAAUUGUUAACCAAAAGAGAGUCAUCGCUUAUGGGUCUAAAUGUUCGUAAAAUUAGGUGUGAAAUCAAAACAGAAAUUAAAUUUAAUUCAACACAAUUGGUAGCCCUUUUUACGAUAUUUACAUUUAUUUUAUGCUCGACUAUAGCAUCUAUUUGUGGAUUUCUACACAUUUAUUACAAUAAGACAUGGUUUCGCAAUUUUGUGAAAAUAUUUUCAUUGAAAAUAAAUUUUGAUAAAUUAAUUACUGUUAAAACCAGUCAGGAGUUGUCAUGUAUUCAUGGGAUCAGAUUUUUUACACUAAUCUGGAUUAUCUACGGACAUACUGUCCUAUGGAAUGACUUUAACUUAUUUGGUCGCACACUUAAUAUUAAACAACAUUUAACAAAUCCAAUACUUCAGCCAAUAUUCAAUGCCGGCAAUAGUGUGGACACAUUUUUCCUAAUUAGUGGUAUACUUACAUCAUAUAUAACAUACAAAUUAACAAAUGGAGACUCAACUAAAUUCAAUGGAUUUGCAUAUUUCAUAACCAGAUAUUUACGAUUAACACCACAAAUGGCUAUAUUUAUGUUAAUAUCAUUUCUCAUACCAUUGAUAGGUUCGGGUCCUAUUUGGCAUGAGUUUAUAGAUCCCGUUAUGGACAAGUGUUAUAACAAUUUUUGGCAAAACUUUAUUUUCUUACAAAAUAUCAUUGAUGUUGAAAAUAUGUGUUUACUUCAUACCUGGUAUUUAGCGGUUGAUAUGCAAAUGCAUUGGAUGUCAUUUAUCAUAAUAGUAGUUAUGUUACGAUCAGUUAGACUGGGCUUAUGGUUGUCUAUAUUGGCUAUCAUUGGCUUCUAUACUUCAACAGCUAUAGUAACCUUUAUUAAUGACUUUCCACCUGUUUAUACAAAUACUGGACGAACUGAAUUUUAUGUAAAUGUCUUCACAAAUGUCCUAUACUUUCGUCCGACACCUCACGGCAUCUCAUUUUUUGUGGGAUUUGUUUUGGGUUAUUAUAUAUAUACCAAUAGAUUUGUCAAACUAUCAAAGAUGUCUUCAUUUAUCGCAUGGAUAGCUGUUAUCAUUGGUUUUGAAAUAACACUAUCGGACACAAUAUUUUACAAUUAUGGACAACCAUUUAAUAAAUAUAUAUCUGCGGUAGUGUUUCCCUCAUCGCGGUUAUUAUAUGCCGUAUGUUUGGCGGCCACUAUAUGGUUAUGUAUAACAGGAAAUGGAGGUUUUAUUAAUAAAUUUCUAUCAUGCAAAAUAUUGGUACCAUUUGCCCGGUUAACCUAUUGUACAUUUUUGGUUCACGCCUGGUCUAUAUAUGCCUUUAUCGGCACCCGGAGGUACCUCAUCGACACCACAAUGUACUCGACAUUAACAAUAUUUUUACAACACAUAUGCGUUUCCUAUACAUUAGGACUCGUGUUUUCAUUGCUGUUUGAAUAUCCAGUAAUUAAUUUGCUAAACAUUUGGUUAAAAUAUAUUAAAGACAAACGCAAUGAAAAGUAUGCCUCAAUAGAGAUGAGAACCGAUAAUAAUAUGAAUCUUUAA